UCAGCCAUGGCGCGCUGUACAUCAUGCCCCAGAUAAUGCCUAUUAUUUUCUCUAACUAGUUUAAGGGCAGUAGAUAAAAUGUCAUGACUUUUUGUUUUUUGCUAUUUAUUUUAGAAACACUGAUAAUAAAAUAAAUACAAUAAAUUCGAACUAUCGGUGUAGACACUUCAAUGUAUUUGUCUGACUCGAACAGGCGUGGCUUAUGCAGCUGUAGGAGGGGGACUGUGUGUAGCUGGAGGAGGCCGCUUCACACCUCGGUCUUAGCUCCUGUCUCGUAUCUCCAGUCUUUCUUCCUUGUCUCUGUGAUAGUGCCGGGGCUCGUCCGACGGUACCUUCAUGUCUCCUCCUCUCCUCUGACCCCAGCGGUUCCCUUUCCCAGAGCUGACCAGAGGGGAUGUCUCAGAAUAACGCCAUGGACAGAACAAUAAAGGACACCUCAAUCUUAGAAGAGUACAACAUUAACUGGACACAGAAGCUUGGUGCUGGAAUUAGUGGCCCUGUCAGAGUGUGUGUAAAAAAGACAACGCAAGAGCGGUUUGCACUGAAAAUCCUCGUUGAUCGACCUAAAGCCAGAAAUGAGGUACGAUUACACAUGCUGUGUGCAGCACAUCCAAACAUUGUACAGAUUAUUGACGUGUAUGCAAACAGUGUGCAGUUCCCCCAUGAGUCUAGCCCAAGGGCACGGCUCCUAAUUGUUAUGGAGAUGAUGGAGGGGGGCGAGCUGUUUCACAGAAUCAGCCAGCACCGGCACUUCACUGAGAAGCAAGCCAGCCAAGUAACAAAGCAGAUUGCUUUGGCGAUAAAGCAUUGUCACUCACUAAACAUUGCCCAUAGAGACCUCAAGCCAGAGAACCUGCUCUUCAAGGACAACUCACUGGAUGCUCCAGUUAAAUUAUGUGAUUUUGGUUUUGCAAAAAUAGACCAGGGAGAUCUAAUGACACCACAGUUUACCCCAUACUACGUAGCUCCACAGGUUUUGGAGGCACAGCGAAGACACCAGAAGGAAAAGUUUGGGAUCAUUCCUACCUCACCAACACCGUACACUUACAACAAGAACUGUGACUUGUGGUCCUUAGGUGUUAUAAUUUAUGUGAUGCUCUGUGGCUACCCUCCUUUUUACUCCAAACACCACAGUCGAACCAUUCCAAAGGACAUGAGGAAAAAGAUCAUGACUGGAAGUUUUGAGUUCCCGGAGGAAGAAUGGAGCCAGAUCUCUGAAAUGGCAAAAGAUAUUGUGAGAAAGCUACUGAAGGUUAAGCCAGAGGAGCGGCUCACUAUCGAAGGCGUUCUAGACCACCCUUGGCUGAACUCAACUGAAGCGCUGGAUAACAUUUUACCAUCUGCACAGAUGAUGAUGGACAAGGCAGUGGUUGCUGGGAUACAGCAAGCUCAUGCUGAACAGCUUGCCAACAUGAGAAUACAAGACUUGAAAGUCAACUUGAAACCAUUAAAUAUUGUCAACAAUCCCAUACUACGAAAGAGAAAGCUGCUAGGAACAAGACCAAAAGAUAAUGUUUACAUCCAGGAUCCUGAAAAUGAAACAGAAGACUCGAAUGUUGCACUGGAAAAACUUCGAGAUGUAAUUGCACAGUGCAUACUACCACAGGAAGGAGAAAAUGAAGAUGAGAAGUUAAAUGAAGUAGUACUAGAAGCUUGGCAGUACAAUAAAGACUGCAAGCUAUUGCGAGACACCCUGCAGAGUUUCAGCUGGAAUGGUCGAGGAUUCUCGGACAAAGUCGACCGGCUGAAACUGGCAGAAAUAGUAAAGCAAGUUAUUGAAGAGCAAACAAACUCUCCAGAGGAUUCACAGUAACUGAAAUUAUUAUUUUUUUAAUUUAAUUCCUUUUUUUUUUUUUUUUUUACUUAAAGAAGAAAAAUCUUGUUGUGUCUUAAUUGUAAAAUAAUUUUAUGUAAAUUAUAUCACUGAAUUUCCACACUGCUUGAGAAUACAGUAUAAAUGUAGAUAGAGGUUAAACAAACAGAAAACAGAUCAUUGGUACUGUAAUUUAUUUUAAAAAUGACUUUUUUUUGGACACUACUGUACUGAUAUUUACACAUCUGGCAGACUGCUCACUGCCAUUUAUCAUUUCUAGUACUCUGUAGGCCUGCUUUUGCCAUUUACUAGCCUGUUGGCUGCUAUUGAUAUAACCACAGGUGUAGACAGGCUGUUUAACUCUAUCCGUGCCAGAGAGCACAGUUAUAGAGUUACUGUGUUUCCUGCUAGAUGUAUCUGUGGGUGCGCAGUUACAUCUGGCAGGGAAAUAACUCACAUACUUGAAACAGACUUAUUGGAAUAGAACCAGUUUUGAUUACACUGGCUACCAGUUUCCUCAGGAAUAAUUGGAAACGGCACAAGCCUUUGGAUCUAGUUCACCAGCUGCUUUGUAAACGUGCCAGUAUAUAUCAAAAGUAUGUACAAUUCUUUCACUUAUUUAUAAACCAUGUUUUACUGGCUGCCCUAUAGAUAUUCUUUGCUGGAAAAAUCACAGAGACUGGUUGCUGUUUGAACCCACAAGGUGGCACUGUUGUAUAUUUUUUUUGUGAAGGACAUAGGGACGGCAUGGUACGUCAGGCCUGCCUGUAAUGUAAAAAGGUUUUAUUUUUAUUUGAUCAAUUCUGGAUUUUAGUUCCCCUUUUGCUGCAGAACUUUAAGCUUUAAACCCUAUGCUGCUAGAUGUGGCUGUAGUUAUUAUGGCUCUGGCGGUUUGUUUCAGGCUUCCCUGACAACGAUAGGGGUUUUUAGUAUUUUUAGUGUUUUAUUUUUCUUUCUUUUUUUUUUUUUUUUUAAGAAUAAAUUUUAGUUUUCUAUUUUAAAGUAUUUUUAUUUAAUAUAAAAUAUGCAUUUGUCUUGGUGUGCCUAAAUAUGCAGUGAUGAGCUGCAGACUAAAGUGCCAAUUUUGGAGUUUUCUAGCAGCAGAACGCUACUCUGUAAUGUCAGUUUGUUUUUGGUGUUGUGCUGUCCCAUGAUAUCUCCUUUCCACAGGACCCCAGCAAGUGCAGCACUGGCCUGAUCUUUAUAUCUGACUACUAUAUUGUGUUCCUAUAUGAGCCCCAUUACAUGAGCACACAGUGAUCAUCAGGCCAAGAGAACCAAGGCAGUAUCUGCAGUAUGGGGCAUUGUACCAACCAAUACCUGCAAAUAGGGAGGUGCAUAUAUCCUGUUUGUGAGUCAGGGGGGGAGGGGGGGAGUUUCUAUAAUUGGGAGAUGAAUUUAAAGAUGUCAUGGAUAAAAGCAAAAUGGUGGGUAUCCAUGUGACAUCUGACAUAUAUUUUGUUUACAAAAAAACCUUCCUUUUUCUUUCAUAGAAUAUAUCUAAGGUAUAUGUUUCAUUACUUUAGCCCACAGAUUAAUUUUAACAAAUAAGCCAAACAUUUAAGGCUCUCGUUUGUCAACACUGGCAUUUUGAUUUGGCUGCAGGUAGAGCAACGAUAGCAAGAAUUUAAUAGCCAUGGGUUACUGCCCAGGUACACAUUUGCCCAGUGUUGAUAAAUGAGCCCCAGGGCAGAGAUGGGUGCAGUUGCUUAUGAAUUAAUGAAUAUACAGCGCUACCAGAACAAAUGUCACUGAAGCCUUAGCGACAGUAAGGUGCUACUGAGAAUGUUGUUCCCUCUUUUCAUAUUUUAUACUGAAAAUUGAGUCCAGUUUCCAUUUCUCACAAAUUCUUGUUUGGGCUGUAGUUGCUGAAGGGCUGAAUUCUGGUUGUUUUGUGCACUUUUGUAGCAGAAUCUCCUAUUCCUUAUUGCUAAUUUAUAAUGUGGGAUAUUUAGAAUCCUUGUCAUUUAUUAAACAAGUAAAUCAUUAAAGUUACUACUUCAUUUAGAUCACAGGAAUAUGAAGCCCAGAGCCCUCACAUGUAUAGUUAUAUUUGCUCAGCCUUGCAGUAAACUAGCUUAUUUCUCUUUAUUUGCAGAGGGAUGUGCAGUGGGGUAAAAUACCAUCAGUGAGAGAUCCUGUAGCACAAAGGAUGCACCUCCAUUGUGUUAAAUUGGGCACAGCCAGUUUGCAGCCCUCCAAAUGUAUUACAGCUUCCUGCAUUCUACAUAUGGCCGAAUGCUGACAAGGCUUGUUGGGGAUUUUAGUUCAUCAAAUGUAUAGAGGGGCAGCCCCUUUUCUGUGCUCUAUUAUAUUUUUGGAUUUAGGCAUAUCACACCACAAGUCUGUACCUUCUGCCUUGUUAGCUGGUAACAUAUUUUAUGUUAAAAUAAAGAUCUAGUAGUAGCAGCUUCUGAAAGGUUGCCACCUUUUACCUCUGCAUAAAGUGGUAAUGAAAGCCCAGUGGUGCCCUAGGCAGUGUACAUUCAUUGUAUCAGGGACUUAAGCAUAACAUAUGUGAACAGAUGGCGAUUGGCCAGAGUUAGACUUGUUUGUGACGUUGAGGCCACAGUGUGACAGGUGGCAACUCUAAGCUUGAAUUUUAGUUAUAGUAACCCUUUAAAGCUGGGGAGAUCAUGCACAUGCUGCUAUGAAUUUGCCAGGAUAAAAACCGCUGUUCCAUCUGACUGUUAUUAUGCAGUGCAUGUACCCAUGAGCAGCUCCAGCAUUUUAGAGCCCAUGCAUAUAUUGUUAUAUAUUGUGUUGUUUGUACUGACAUGAACAGAGACCAGUGCUGAGCACUACAGAGACCUGGUUUUUCUGUAGUCAGCAUUUGUCUCUGGCUAAGUGGGUACAGCAGACCCAACAACUAAAUCCAUGCAAUGCUGUAUAGGAUGCACUACUCUGAAACCACAUGAGCCAACACAUGCCUUUGGAAGUAUCAUUAUUUAUUGUUAAACUUAUGUUCUUAUCAGUUCCCUUGGUACUAAUUAUUCUUUUUCCCAUGGGUAUGGCUGCCCAGUGCUGCGUGGCCCAUUUGUACCCCUAAUUGUAUUCAUGUACUGAACAUAUCCAUCCAGUGUUUCAUAUCAGUGCUGGGCGAGUCUUCGCUGCUGUUGGUGCUACAGAGACACGUGUCCUUGCACAUACAAAGCUUGCCUUGACUAUAACCUGUCUGUAGGGGGUGCAGCUGAGGCCCAUAGCCCCAAUAUAACCUACUAUUGGUUGAACUCAUUGCCAUCACAGCAAAGAAUGGAGAAAUGCUUGCAGGAAGAUAGAGUAAUUUCCAACAUAAGUAUUGGUUCGGAAAUGUUUAGUGUAGAAAGGAUGUUUCUAAAUUUGUUGUUAAGCCGACACUGUGCAAUGUGCUUGUCUGGUCCUAGUGCUAGCUCAUCGUGUUCUGUGUGUUCUGUCGUGGUCACUAAAGGUCAAAUGAUUCCAUCUAGAGAAGCCCCUAAUCACUAUAUUCAUUAUAAAAUGUUCUGUCUGUUUGCCAUGAUGUGCAUUCUGUAUCAGUUGCUUCUUUCAAAGGAAUAUAUUAGCAAUGUCAGAUUGUUACUAACAGUAAUGAGGGUAUUCAUUGGUUUAAAGUCCUGUGUAUAGUAAUGCAGUGGUGAAUGGUGAAUGUGGAAAUGGUAAAUACCCCAUACACUGCACAAUCCUCUGUGAGGGUAUUACAGCAAUGGAGAUUACAGAAAGAGCAAAAGGAAGUGGUUCACAACAGGGGGGGUGUAACAGUAUUCUUGCUGAGAGGGUACCAUGCUUAAUGCACUGAUGGGUGGCACCGGCAACCUGCCAUUAUACCUGUGGAACUGUUAUUUAUUAAUGGGAUAACUUCUACAUAUCAAUAUGUAGCAGUUACUUGGUGCUCCCCCACCACCAACACAUCCUCUAAUGCUCACAGCCAUUUGGGUAUGUAUGUUAUGUGCAUAUGUGCAUGCAUAUUAUUUCUGCGUGUGCUUUAUAUGCCAAUAUACUCUUAUUAGCACUAAACCUGUAAUUCCCAGACUGUUCAGGGCAGUGGCGCAGAGGUGGCCAAGCCACAGAUUUCCACCUACAGCUCACAGAAUCCUGGGCUAACAACUGCUUCAUGAUGGGCUAUCACCCUCUGCAUCUGCUGCUGGAAUCUGAAUCUUAUACGAAAUACAAAUUGUUUCAUGCUCUCAUCCAAUUUAGUUAUGCUUCUCGUUUGACCUUUAGAGGAUGUUUGGCCCUAACCCUGUGCUGUUUUUCGGCUUUAGUAGGAAGGAGUUGGGCUGGACACCUAGUUUGCUGGAGGCCACGCCUUGUCUACAACACCUAGUUCUGUUGCUUAGCUUCUCAUUUCCAUAUUUAAUGUACUAAAUUUGUUUUAUUUAUCUUGAAAUGUUUCCUGUAUGAUGUCAUGUUUUCAGACCAGUAUUAUAAUGUAAAUAAGCAUCAUUGUAUAUAAAAUGAUUUUCCUUACA